UGGUUUUUUUAAACAAAUUUAAUUCCAAAAUUCUCCUAUAAAAUCCUCUGUUCUAAUCUAAAAAACAAUAAACACAAAAAUCUCUUUCAUCCAUGGAUCUUCCUCACAAACCCACAAAAACCCAAAUUACAGCGGCGAGAAUCUCGGUUGUGAUUUUAUUGGCAUUGGUGAGUUUGGGCUCCGUUGAUGGCAAAAAGUCGUGUCCGUUUUCGAGCUACUUGGAAUUUCCGGCGAUCAGUUGCCGGAAACACACGGCAGUGCUGACGGAUUUCGGCGGCAUCGGCGACGGAGUAACUUCAAAUACGAACGCGUUUCGAGAAGCGAUGGAACAUCUCAGCACAUUAGCGGUGGACGGCGGCGCCCAGCUGAUUGUGCCACCCGGAAAAUGGCUGACCGGAAGUUUUAAUCUAACCAGCCAUUUCACACUUUUUGUUCAUAAAGAUGCCCAAAUUCUUGCAUCCCAGGAUGAAUCAGAAUGGCCACUAGUAGAAGUUCUCCCAUCUUAUGGAAGGGGAAGAGAUGCUCCUGACGGGAGAUUCAGUAGCCUCAUCUUUGGAACCAAUCUCACCGAUGUUGUCAUCACAGGUAACAACGGCACGAUCGAUGGACAAGGGUCUUAUUGGUGGGAUAAAUUCCACAAAAAUGAGUUCAAUGUAACACGACCGUACAUGAUUGAGAUCAUGUACUCCAAUCAAAUCCAGAUCUCGAAUCUCACUUUAGUCAACUCUCCGUCAUGGUUUGUCCAUCCGAUCUACAGCAGAAAUGUGAUCAUUCAAGGACUCACCAUUCUAGCUCCAAUCGACUCUCCGAACACCGACGGAAUUGACCCAGAUUCUUGCAUCAAUACUCGAAUUGAAGACUGCUUCAUUGUCUCCGGUGACGACUGCAUUGCUGUCAAGAGUGGAUGGGACCAAUAUGGAAUCCAAUUCGGAAUGCCAACCGAGGACCUCCUCAUCCGCCGCCUCACUUGCAUCUCUCCAGAUUCUGCCGGCAUUGCCCUCGGCAGUGAAAUGUCCGGUGGAAUCCGUAACGUCAGAAUCGAAAAUGUCACUGCAAUCAACACUCAAUCCGCCGUGAGAAUUAAAACUGCCAUUGGACGAGGUGGGUAUGUCAAGGACAUUUUCGUCCGACAAAUGUUUCUAUCCACGAUGAAAUACGUCUUCUGGAUGACCGGAGACUACAAGUCCCAUCCAGACGAGAAGUUCGAUCCAAAGGCGCUGCCGGAAAUUAAGAACAUUAAUUACAGAGAUGUGGUGGCAGAAAAUGUGACUUACUCAGCAAGAUUGGAUGGGAUUUCAGGAGAUCCAUUCACCGAUAUUUGUAUUUCAAAUAUAAAAAUUGGACUAACAGCGAAGCAGAAGAAAUUGCAAUGGAACUGUACAAAUGUUGAAGGAUACAGUAGCGAUGUGGUACCACCGCCGUGUGCUCCGCUGGCUAAGGAGGUGGUGAGUAGCGACGGAUGUCCCUUCCCUGAAGAUCGGCUGCCGAUCGAAGACCUUAAGUUGAUGACUUGCGUUACUAAAAAUCAUGCCACCUGAAAGCUUUAAUUUUUUUUUUUUUUUGUACAAUGGAAUAAAUGGUUAUUUGCAAUAUACUUCGCUACAGAAAAUAAUUAUCGAUUUAGUUUAAUAAAUCCCUUUUUCUU